UCCUUCGAUCUCCAACUCUCAGUCCACGGUGAAGGUUGCUCCGCCCAUGGCUUCCGAUCUCGAACAGCGUGCCAAGGAGGCGUUCAUGGACGACCACUUCGAGUUGGCCGUCGACCUCUACACCCAGGCCAUCGCUCUCAACCCCCAGAACGCCGAGCUCUACUCCGACCGCGCCCAGGCCAACAUCAAAGCCGGCAAUCUCACUGAGGCUGUUGCGGAUGCGAACAAGGCAAUUGAGUUCGAUCCGUCAUUGUACAAAGCGUAUUUUCGAAAAGGAAUUGCCUGCAUCAAGCUCGAGGAAUAUGAGACUGCAAAGGCGGCCCUGGAAACCGGUGCUCCUUUUGCCCCGCAGGAGACAAGAUUUGCUAGUUUGAUAAAAGAGUGUGAUGAAAAAAUUGCAGAGGAAACUGGUGUUCUACCAACGCAUUCGGUGGAGGAAAACAUUACAGAGAAUGUUAUACCUGCAAAAGAUGUUGAGCCUGUGAGUCAACCUUCCAAUCAGCUGACCGUAGCAACUGUCAAACCAAAAUACAGGCAUGAAUUCUACCAGAAGCCAGAAGAAGUGGUUGUGACUAUAUUCGCCAAGGGCAUACCUGCCAAAGAUGUACAUGUUGACUUUGGUGAACAAAUACUAAGUGUUAGCAUCGAUGUUGCUGGUGAAGAUACAUAUCAUUUUCAACCUCGCUUAUUUGGAAAGAUAAUACCUGAAAAAUGCAGGUUCGACAUUCUCUCCACCAAAGUUGAAAUUCGCCUGGCUAAAGCUGAACCAAUACAUUGGACAUCUCUUGAAUUCAGCAAGGACAGCCUUGUUCCAGUAAGGGUCAGUGGCCCAGUUGUUGGAGCGACAAGACCAUCCUACCCAUCCUCAAAACCAAAAAAGGACUGGGAUAAGCUUGAGGCUCAAGUAAAGAAGGAGGAAAAAGAAGAGAAGCUUGAUGGUGAUGCAGCUCUGAACAAAUUUUUCCAGGACAUAUACAAGGAUGCUGAUGAGGACACAAGAAGGGCCAUGAGAAAAUCUUUUGUGGAGUCAAACGGGACAGUGCUUUCGACAAACUGGAAAGAAGUGGGAAACAAAAAGGUUGAGGGAAGUGCUCCCGACGGCAUGGAGAUGAAGAAAUGGGAGUUCUAGACUGUUGCUGAAUUCUUGUACUAGUUGGAACUUGGAUGAUAUGCUUUUUUGGCUUGUAACCUAUUGGUGUUUGAUUUUGUUGGUUGGACAGACAACGAUUAGUUUCCAAUUAGUCUUUGGCACUACUCUGGCUGUGUGGAUGAUGAUUCUCUCUUUUGAAAUCAGCCAGAAUUGGUUUUUUCUCUCCUGUGUUUUGCUUGUGCGUUGUACUAUCGAAACCGAACCUGUCUGGACGAAUUUGAAGUGUUUAAUACUUAAUUACUUUGUUCUUGCCUUGAUCA